UACCCAGACUGCAUCGCUUGCGCAGCUGCGACCGGUCACUGCUGUCGCUCUCUCUGCCUCCGAGUGCCCGCGGUGAACUGCUCCAGCAUCGCUGCGCAGCCAGCGGGGAGAAUGGACAUUUAAAACAUGACCAUUUGAAAGCAUGUAAUCGCGGAGGAGGGUUUUCCGGCGCUGGGACUCUGCGAUGAGGAGCGGAAGAUAUGCAGGACUGGAUUUUGUGUUGCGCCUCCGCGGAGCACGGACCGUUACAGUGAGAGAAAUAAUGCGGAAUAUGUUCCCCCUGUAGGUGUUAACGCAGAAAAUACAAGAUGAAGAAGCAAUUCAAUCGGAUGCGACAGCUCGCCAACCAAACGGUGGGAAGGGCAGAGAAAACAGAGGUGUUAAGUGAGGACCUUCUACAGGUGGAGAAGCGUCUGGAUCUGGUCAAGCAGGUGACGCACAGCACUCACAAGAAACUCACGGCCUGCCUGCAGGGUCAGCAGGGGGCUGAUAUUGAGAAGAGAUCUGUCAAGUCGCCCUCUAAAAAGCUGCCGCUCACAACCCUGGCACAGUGUCUGGUAGAAGGCGCCGCGGUGCUGGGGGAUGACUCUCUCCUCGGAAAGAUGCUGAAGCUGUGUGGCGAGACGGAGGAGAAGUUGGCCGAGGAGCUCAUCCAGUUUGAGUUCCAGAUAGAGAGAGAUGUGGUGGAGCCUCUCUACGUGCUCGCUGAGGUGGACAUUCCCAACAUCCAAAAACAGAGGAAGCACUUAGCUAAACUUGUAUUGGACAUGGACUCCUCUAGGACAAGAUUUCAUCAGUCGUCUAAGUCAUCCAGUCACCCGAGCACGCUGCAGCCUGGCGCCAAGUCCGAGUCCCUCAGAGAGGAGAUGGAGGAGGCAGCCAAUCGGAUGGAGAUUUGUAGGGAUCAAUUGUCAGCAGAUAUGUACAGUUUUGUGGCCAAAGAAAUAGACUAUGCAAAUUACUUUCAGACACUGAUAGAGACGCAGGCAGAAUAUCACAGGAAAUCCUUAGAGAUUCUUCAAAGUAUUCUGCCCCAGAUUAAAGCUCACCAAGAGGCGUGGGUGGAGAAGCCGUCGUUUGGCAAGUCUCUGGAGGAACACCUAAAUAUUAGUGGAAGAGAAAUUGCCUUCCCUGUCGAAGCAUGUGUCACAAUGCUGUUGGAGUGUGGCAUGCAGGAGGAGGGCCUCUUCAGAGUGGCUCCGUCAGCAUCCAAGCUGAAGAAGCUGAAAGCAUCCCUGGAUUGUGGAGUCAUGGAUGUGCAGGAGUACUCGUCCGACCCACACGCCAUCGCAGGGGCUCUAAAAUCAUACCUCCGUGAGCUCCCCGAGCCACUGAUGACCUUUGAACUUUAUGAUGAAUGGAUUCAGGCCUCAAACGUUCAAGAUAUGGACAAGAGACUACAAGCAUUAAUGGCAGUGUGUGAUAAACUCCCCACAGACAACUUGAAUAAUUUCAGGUAUCUUGUCAAAUUCUUAUCCAAGUUGAGCGACUACCAAGACUCAAACAAGAUGACACCUGGUAAUAUGGCAAUUGUUCUUGGCCCUAACUUGCUUUGGACACACACUGAACCGAACAUGACAGAGAUGAUGACCACCCUGUCACUGCAGAUAGUUGGCAUCAUUGAGCCCAUUAUCCAGCAUGCGGACUGGUUCUUCCCUGGAGAGAUUGAAUUCAACUUGACAGGCAGCUACGGCAGCCCGAUCCACACCAACCACAACUCCAACUACAGCUCCAUGCCCUCACCAGACAUGGACCAAUCCGAGCGCAAGCAGCAGCAUGACCAGAGCCGACGCCCACUGAGCGUCGCCACUGACAACAUGAUGCUGGAGUUUUACAAGAAGGAUGGCAUUAGGAAGAUACAAAGUAUGGGCGUCCGGGUAAUGGACACCUCCUGGGUGUCUCGUAAGGGUUCGUCCACGCUGGUGCGCAAAACCUCCUCCACACCUCCGGGCAUGCAAGGCCCCGGCUCUCCCGCAGACACCCUCAUCCCGGAGCAAUCCGGAGAGUUUGCAACUUCCCCGUCCACGACGCCGCCGCCUGGAGAGAGGGCCUGCUCUGACAACGUGUCGCCCAAUCGGCCGGACACCUCUCAUGCCCUCCCACCCCCAGGGGAGGACCGGCCACCCCCCCCUUACCCCAUCUCCUCGUGCCACACAGCCCCCCACCUCUUCUAUCCCAAACCCCCACCCUGCGCUCGCCCCGUGGCACCGGGUCCAGAGUCCCAGCCCCCCGCCUCCCCGCCGCCCCCACUGCGCUGGUCUGGCUUCACUCCCCCAGCGCCGCCCCCUACCUCCUCUUCUUCCUCCUCGUCCUCGUCACUUGACAUCAAUUCGAACCCCAAACCCAGCUGUCUGCAUUUCCCCAAGCACAGCCCGCCUGGUGACAUGUCGCAUGCCCCCCCACCAGACAUUAAUGCUUCUCCGCUCUACAUCAAAACCUCCUUGGUACUAGCCCGCCAUGACCAGUCCUUUGGCAACCCCCCUAGCCUCCCUUCGUCCGCGCCCCCACCCCCGCCGUGGGCUGCCUGCCCAUGUGCCCGAGAGAGAGGACCCCCCAGGCUGACUAGUUCGCUGAAGAGCAAAGAGCUCUCGCCUGUCAUUGGACACAAAGCAAUCCAGGUGGCAGGUCCGACUGUCCCCCCCAGCUGUAGUCCUCACAGCAGUAUCCAGUCCCUCCACUCCACAGAGCACAGUCCACACACCCUGCGCAAAGGCUCCAAGAAGUUGGCCCCUGUGCCUCCCAAGGUCCCUUACAGCCAGUCCUGCGGGAUGUCCGACCAGUCCACAGGUCAGCCGUCACCGGUCAGCCUGUCCCCCACUCCUCCUAGCACCCCGUCCCCUUAUGGACUGGUCUGCCCCUCUGGUCUAGUGGCCCCGUCCUCCCCCGGGCAAACCCCAUUGGGGCCCCCCCACUCCCUUUCGUCCCCGCCCUCCCUGGCCGGAACGCUGACCAAGUCGCGGCCUGCCCCUAAGCCCAGGCAGAGACCCAGUCUGCCCCCUCCUCAGCCGCCCACAGCCCCACUGGGGUUCACUGGCCCGGCCAUGGUCCCAGUCCCCCAGCCCCUGGAGCAGGGCCUCCUGGAAGGACUCUCUCCCGGGGAGAGCAUGUCUACAGAUAUCUUCAAUUAUGAAAUCCCCUCCUUCAAUGUCAAUCUGGACAGCCUCAUCGAUGAGUUCAGCGGUGCCCCUUGCAGGAGGUCCGUGGCAGUGACAGACUCUCCGGAGGGGGACGCUGUGCCUGAGGAGGAACCACAGAGCACCACUCUAUGACCUAUGACCUUAAGGCGUCACAGCUUACCAGCACCCCUGUGGCUAUACGCACUCUUAACUGUCGCCACCAAGGCCUGAUGGAAACACCAUUUGGCCUCACCAAAGCCCACCUGAAACCAGGACUCGAACACAUCUGCUACAGGCUGCAAAGAAACUAAUCUCUUACAAUUGCUCGCUACUAUGUAAAUGUGACUACAGAAAAAAACACCAAAAUGCCAUAGUUGAGGAACAGUUGCCUUUAGGAGAAAAGACUGGAAUAUAGAUGAGUAUCACACUAAGAUGUAUUUAUUCAUUUGUUGUUGUUUUUUUGCUUUGCUUUUGUUUUGCUUGUCUGUAUUUCUGUGUUUCCCAGUUUAUUUUUGCCUUAUUAGAAAAUGCAAUCAAAUUGCAAUAUGAUAUCUACACGCUUUGCAAAUUUUGGUAAGGGAAACUCAGAGCACGACAUAGGUAGGAGCAAAGCCCAUCCUCAGGGUGAAACAGAGAUACAGAGAGUAGACUUGUUAUAUUACUAACAGGGUAUUGCUUUGUGCAAAUUAGGAAAAUGCUGAGCCGCAGAGAAAGGUUUUGCAUGCAAGCUGAAACGUUUCAUCAAGUUUACUUCUUAUUGGCACUCCCAAACUUUACUUUCACUGUUCUUUCACCUAUCACAACGAUAGUUCUUUAUCCUUUACCUUCACACAGGUAAGCUCACUUCAACUCACUUUAUACCAGCACAGUAGGAGAAGAAUGUUACUGUAAAUUGCAUUUUUUGACAAAAAGCACCACGAUGUGUUUGCAUGACAAGCCAAUAUGAACAGACUGCUUUGAAUCAAGGGCCUCCGAAUGAGUUUUAUUUUGUGUGAAUGCUUUAGUUGUUGUGGUCCUUGGAGUAUAGUUAGACCCCCCCCACCCCCCCGUGCUGUAACAGCUUGAUGGAUGGAUGACUAAACUGCCGUUAGGUUCAUAUGAGUCGCUCUCUUAACUUUGUUUCAAGUGCUUCAGGUUCAAUGACCUUUGACCCCUAGUGUAAAUACAUACAGAGUGUACAGAAAUUGAUGUAUAUAAAUCUAAGAGGAAAACUAUAUGUAAAAUGCCUAUCUGGAAUAUAUAUAUAUAUAUAUAGUAAUAAUAUAUGUGCUGAUAUCUAUCAUGUGUAGAAAUUGUAAUGAUUAAAAAUGUGCUGUUAUUUUUGUCCCUGCACACAAUGAACAGGUUUACUGUAGAUGUAGUGUUUCACUUUAACACCAGGUAACGAUGGUGAUGCAGCAGAAAUGCGGAAGGUAUUUCUGCUUGAAAUCAAUAGUGUUUUUUCUAAGUCUGACUCCCGAGCUUCGACUUCAAACAUGCUCGAGCGAUAAUGAGUUGCACACACAUGCCCUAUAUUUUUUUCCUUUUUAAUUAGAAAUUUAAUAGAUUCUUGUGUAGAUAAUUGGAUUGCUGUUAGCCCACUAUGAUCGCUUAAUUAAUUAAUAAUGAGGAUAGAUGGAAACUAAAACGUUACUGUGGGACUGACUAAAAAUACAUACGCUCAUUCAAUUAGGAUGGCAAAUAAGUACUAUGAUUUGGCACACUUUCAGAAAUGUUAAAUUUCUCAGUCCUUGUUGGUAUUCUCACCGCAGAUAACUAAUCAGAGCUCAUCAGAUAACAGAUGCUGCAGUGUCACUUUUUUAAUUCCAUAGAAUAAUGUCCUAGGACUAUGAUUUUUGUCAAUUAAAGUGCAAUUACAGUGUUAACUGAUCCACCUGAAUCCAAAAAGUGGUCAAAGUCACCUUUCCUACGCCUACAGAAAAGAAGCCAUUGAUUUUAUUGCAAAGCAAUUAAUUUAUUCUGUUUGACUUGUGUGUGAGUUUCUUCUGACAAAAUGGAAUAUAGAUGAGUCUUUCUCCAAUAGUGAUCAAUGGUAUGCCUCUGUGUGUGUGUUCUAUUUGACGAUUUUGGUGACUUUGAUAACUAUAUAUUGAUAGUUGUGGUGAUUAUAUGACAACAAUUGCAAGUGCCCUCACUCUGGUCGUUAUUUUGGAACUAUAAGCAUAAUUAAUGUGUACUAGAGGUUUUAUUUUCUGUGCUGGAUCCAUACAAUUUUUUUUUGACGAGGAGGCAGGGGUAUUUUUCUCUGUGCAGACUGAAUGUGACUCACUCAUUUCAAAACAACAGGCUAUUUUAUUUUGUAAUAACCGAUAGGCAAAUGAGAGCUUGUGUUUGGAUGAAAGUUAGUUAGGGCCUGUAGGCAUGUAUUGUUAUAAGUGCAGUGCAGUACUACUGUAAUGCUUUUGUGCAUCAUAAUUACAGCUACCUAAAAGCAUGCAUUCAUAUUCAUUGUUCUACUUCUGAAAAGAAUAAAACACAUGUACCCUCCCUCACAACACAA